AUGCAAAUCCUCCUCCUCCUCCUUGCAGCUGCAGGGCUUUGCUGGGGGCAGUACGACCCCAACACUCUGCCCAAGAGAACAUCUAUUGUGCAUCUCUUUGAAUGGCGCUGGCAGGAUAUUGCUCUGGAGUGUGAACGCUACUUAGCUCCUAAUGGAUUUGGAGGAGUUCAGGUUUCACCUCCAAAUGAAAAUAUUGUCAUUACUAACCCAAACAGACCCUGGUGGGAAAGGUACCAGCCCAUUAGCUACAAACUCUGCACUCGAUCAGGAAAUGAACAGGAAUUCAAAGAUAUGGUGACCAGAUGCAACAAUGUUGGGGUUCGUAUCUAUGUGGAUGCUGUCGUCAACCAUAUGUGUGGGGCUGCAGGUGGCUCAGGCACACAUUCUACCUGUGGAAGCCAUUUUAAUGCCGGAAACAGAGAUUUUCCAGCUGUACCAUACUCUGGCUGGGAUUUCAAUGAUGGCAAAUGUCACAGUGGAAGUGGAGAAAUUGAAAAUUAUGGUGAUAUAUAUCAGGUCCGGGACUGCCGCUUGGUCAGCCUUCUGGAUCUGGCCCUGGAGAAGGACUAUGUGCGCUCCAAGGUUGCUGAGUACAUGAACCAUCUCAUUGACAUCGGCGUCGCAGGAUUCCGGAUCGAUGCUGCCAAGCACAUGUGGCCUGGGGACAUAAGAGCAUUUCUGGACAAGCUGAAAGAUCUAAAUACUCAAUGGUUUCCUGAAGGAACUAAACCUUUCAUUUACCAGGAGGUAAUUGACUUGGGUGGAGAGCCCAUCAAAGGCAGCGAGUACUUUGGAAAUGGCCGAGUGACAGAAUUCAAAUACAGUGCCAAACUGGGGACAGUGAUCCGCAAGUGGGACGGAGAAAAGAUGGCCUACUUAAAGAACUGGGGAGAAGGCUGGGGCUUUGUGCCUUCCGACAAAGCCCUGGUCUUUGUGGAUAAUCACGACAACCAGAGAGGGCACGGGGCCGGCGGAGCUUCUGUUCUGACCUUCUGGGAUGCCAGGCUCUAUAAAAUGGCAGUUGGUUUCAUGCUUGCUCAUCCAUAUGGGUUCACACGUGUGAUGUCAAGUUUUCGCUGGCCAAGAUAUUUUGAAAAUGGAAAGGACAUCAAUGACUGGGUUGGACCUCCAAGUAACUCGGAUGGCUCCAUAAAGUCCGUUACAAUCAACGCGGACACAACCUGUGGCAACGACUGGGUUUGUGAACAUCGCUGGCGUCAGAUAAAGAACAUGGUUAUCUUCCGUAAUGUGGUGGAUGGUGAGCCUUUCUCCAACUGGUGGGACAAUGGCAGCAAUCAAGUAGCUUUUGGCCGCGGUAAUAAAGGUUUCAUCAUCUUCAAUAAUGAUGACUGGAAUAUGAAUGUCUAUGUGCAAACUGGACUGCCUGCUGGUACCUACUGUGAUGUUAUUUCUGGACAAAAGGAGGACAACAAAUGUACUGGAAAGCAGGUUUUUGUUUCUCGUGAUGGAAUGGCUAAUUUCCAGAUUAAUACCGAUGCUGAAGAUCCAUUUAUUGCAAUUCAUGUUGAUGCCAAAUUAUAAUUUGGGAGAAAUGUC